GAUUCAUUUACUGUGAAUUAAAAAAAAUAAAAAUCCUGCACAAUUCAAACCAUGCGACUACUAGAAUCUACUUCCCCAACAAACAAAACGGACCAUCCGAUUUGUUCAAUGAAAAACCGCAGGGUCCGAUUUUCAUUAUAUGAGUUUCAUCUCCUCCAAACAAAUCCAACCAUCCGAUUUGCAUAUAAAUUUUUGGAAAUAAAGAACUCGGAGGGUCCGAUUUCUCCACACCAACUCUGAUAAAAAAGCUGUCCCACAUAACUGUGUAGAACCCUAUCUUUCAUAACCCUGCAAAGCACCUACACCCCUCCAUAACCAAAAAAAUCAGCCGGUUUAUGAUUAUUACUUAUAUUUUGUGAUAUUUUGUGUGAUUACAUGAGAUUGGUGAUUAUCUUCAUGGUUCUGUAAACUGGAUUGGACCGGUUGGUCAGAUUGAUCCAACCACGAAUCGACAACAUUAACGGUCCGAUUAUGUAUAAAACCGCAGAUAAAAAAACUGUUGAAGAACUGCUGAACCGGCCGGAAAUUGGAUGGUCGGAUCGAACCGGAUCCCGGCCGGUUUACCCGAAAACGAAGCUACUCCUUCGUUUCCUUUCGCCCUUUCUUUCUUUCAUUCAAAAAGAAAUCACAGAAACUCGGCCAAAAAACCCUAGCACUGUAAGCCUACACCACCGCCGCAAGGAGUGGCAUAUUGCCGCCGUCCGUCCGUCCGUCCGUCCGUCCAAGUCUUCAACCCCUGUUCGCUGUCACCGAUCGCAGCUGCUUCCUCGAGAUCGGCGUCCGUCGUCUUUGUGUGCUCAGCCGCGCUUCCGCCGCCGUUUGUUUGCCGUUCACGUUCUCCUCUUCGUUCAGCCGUCGUCUACCUUCGCGUUCUUCGCCGUUAACGUUCGCUCGGCGUUCACCGUUCGCGUUCACUCGCCGUUCACCGUUCGAGUUCGCCUCGCGUUCGUCUGGAAGCCACGUUGCACUGCUUCAAACUCUGCGCCGAACUGCAUUCGCGUUCGUCGAACUGCUCUCUUUUGUAGCCGCCACAUGGAAGGCAGCAGCAGCAAUGGUGGUAGCGGGAAACGCGAGGAAAUUGUGGACGUUGGAUCGGUCGUUGAAGCUGUUACUGCAGAGGAAGGUGAUGCUCCCCUCUACAACGUUGAGAGCCUCUGCAUGCGUUGCGGUGAAAAUGGGAUUACAAGAUUCUUACUCACCUUAAUUCCUCACUUUAGAAAGAUUUUGUUGUCAGCUUUUGAGUGUCCUCAUUGUGGUGAGAGGAACAAUGAAGUACAGUUUGCUGGUGAAAUUCAACCGCGUGGUUGCUGUUACACUAUGCAGAUCCCAUCUGACAAUCCAAAGAUGCUUGACAGACAAGUGGUAAAAUCAGAAUCUGCUACCAUUAAGAUUCCAGAAUUGGAUUUUGAGAUUCCACCAGAGGCUCAGCGUGGUAGUCUUUCAACGGUGGAAGGCAUACUAAUGCGAGCUGCUGAUGAGCUUCAGGCCCUUCAAGAGGAGCGCAGGAAAGUGUCUCCAGAGACAGCUGAAGCCAUUGAUCAGUUCUUGGUGAAAUUGCGAGCCUGUGCUACUGGGGAGUCAGCCUUCACAUUUAUUCUUGAUGAUCCUGCUGGAAACAGCUUUGUUGAAAAUCCGUUUGCGCCAUCAUCUGAUCCAUCAUUGACUAUCAAGUUUUAUGACCGAACACCUGAGCAACAAGCAUUGUUGGGAUAUCUUGUUGAUUCUACACAGAUUGAAGGAACUCGCAACGAAGCACAAGCAGGGGGAAAUGCUGUGGUUACUGAUCAAGUGAGGGGAGAGCCACAUGGAUCUGUAGGGGCAACUGCUGGUCAUCGAGCCAUUGCACAGAGUAAUAGUUCAGAAAUUGCGGAAGCCUUAUUUCGAUACACUGCACCGGAAGAGGUGAUGACUUUCCCUUCAACUUGUGGUGCUUGUGCCACUAAGUGUGAGACUAGAAUGUUUGUCACCGAUAUUCCAUACUUUCAAGAAGUAAUUGUAAUGGCAUCCACAUGUGACUCUUGUGGCUACCGCAACUCCGAGUUAAAACCAGGUGGACGAAUUUCUGAAAAAGGCAAAAGAAUUUCACUUCAUGUGAAAAAUGUUAACGACUUAAAUCGCGAUGUAAUCAAGUCUGAUACUGCAAGUGUAAAAAUUCCUGAACUUGAAUUGGAAUUGGCAAGUGGCACCCUUGGGGGUUUGGUUUCAACUGUUGAAGGUUUGAUUACAAAAAUUAACGAAAGCCUUCAGAGGGUCCAUGGAUUUACUUUCGGUGAUAGUUUGGAUGAAAAUAGAAAAAGCAAGUGGCUAGAUUUUAAAGAAAAGCUAGACAAGCUUCUUAGCUUGGAAAAACCUUGGACUUUAAUUCUUGAUGAUGCAUUAGCCAAUUCCUUUAUAGCACCUGCAACUGAUGAUUUAAAAGACGACAAUCAAUUAACGUUUGAGGAGUAUGAGAGGUCAUGGGAGCAAAAUGAAGAAUUAGGCUUGAAUGAUAUGGAUACUUCUGCUGCCGAUGUUGCUUACGAAUCAGCAAAUAAUACUAAAGUUGAAUGAACACCGCCUCCUCUCCUCUCAUCCUGGUGGCUGCCGGAACCACCCUAAUUAAUUGAAGAGAAGAUGGAAGAAUUGAUGUGCCAGAUGAAGAAAACCAAAAAAGGAAGAAAAAUUGGUUCUUUGAUCCUCAUGUACUAGCGCUUUUUUAUUAUUAUCCAUUUUUUGAAAAAAAAAAUGCAUGCAAUCUUGCUAUUUUUCAUAUUUUUGAUAUAAUGUUUUGAGAGAGAAUCUUUAUAUAAAUUUGGUAAGCAUCUGUCUUUUUGUUUUAAGAGUUUAAUUUUGAUGCAGUGACCGUAAAAUGUUUUAGGGUCAUGUAAUUAUAUCUAGUUUUUUUUAUGACUAUUCACGCGGUUAAUGUAAAAAGUUCUUUUUGUUGAGGUGACGUUAUAUAAUUGGAAGUAAAAUUAUUAUACA